UCUCCCUAUUAUUGUAAUAAUUCUCUUUUUUCAGCUCGGUGUCCGUUGUUGACCUAUCAUACAGAGGGAAAUGUCGUACUUGUGUGUAUUGUGCAGCCUGCUGCCUCUAGUGGGCUAUGCCGUUGUGGCUUUGUUUGUGGUCAUUGUGGCCAUUUUGUUGUCGGAUGCCGACUUGAGAUUGAUGUAUGCCGCAAAAUUUGGCAAACAGCCAGAGAGUCUGGCCGGGAAGGUGGUGUGGAUCACGGGAGCCUCCAGUGGCAUCGGAGAGCACAUCGCUUACUGCCUGGCCAAGGCAGGAGCUCGGCUCGUUCUGUCAGCUCGCAGGAAAGAUGAGCUGGAACGUGUCAAAGCAGCGUGUGUUAGUCUAGGUCAAGUGACAGAGUCGGACGUGCUGGUGCUGCCCCUGGACGUGGUGAAGUACGAGACUCACAAGGAGGCUGUCCAGAAGGUUUUGGAUCAUUUCCAGCAGAUUGAUGUGCUGAUGAACAACGCGGGUCGCAGUCAGCGCGCCGCCUGGUUAGACGUGGAGCUGGAUGUGGACCGCGACAUGUUUGAGACGAACGUCUUGGGACAAGUUUCUCUUACGCGGGAAGUGCUUCCGCAUAUGAUCAGCCGCAAGGCGGGCUUGAUUGCAGUUAUGAGCAGCAUUGCUGGCAAAGUGGGUGUCCCAAUGUCAAGGUCGUACACCGGUACCAAGCAUGCGCUCAACGGCUACUUUGGCUGUCUGGCCACAGAGAUGAGUGAGCACAACAUUGACGUGACCAUCAUCUGCCCCGGCCCCGUCUUCUCCAACGUUACCGUUCACGCCGCCACGGGGAAAAUAGGGGAGACCGUGGGGCGUGCGAUGGACAAGUCGGAGAAAAAAAUGAGCACGGAGCGCUGUGCUCAGCUCACCUGUGCGGCCUUGGCAAACAGACUGUACGAGGUGUGGAUCAGCCAGAACCCCGUCCUGUUCCUGGCCUACGUCGGUCAGUACAUGCCGGACCUGGGAAAAUGGUUGAUCCUGAAGUUUGGUGUCAAGCAAAUCAUGAAGAUGAGGGAGGGAGGGAAAUAGGACAACGAUUGUUGCGUUCUCUCCUCACGGCAGCCGAGUGUACAGGGCAGCCUCUCUCUGACGACAUUGCCGGGACCAGAAAAAAAUGUAUUUAUAGAGAGUUGUCGUUAUAGAGAGUUGUCGUUAUAGAGAGUUGUCGUUAUAGAGAGGCAACCAAAACUUACUAAUGAUAUAUAAAGAAAAAAAAUCGGGACCUGGGCACCAUGUCGCUAUACAGAGGAUGUCGUUAUGUCGAAGGUCGUUAUAGAGAGGCUGCAUUGUAUAUGCUUUGAACCAGAACUACAAGUAGAUGUUUUUUAACGGUUCAUAAUCAGAUUUUCAUCUUAGAUAGCGUCCUUAAUUUGUUCCAAAUGUUUUGAGGAUAAUUCUACACAUGGUGUCUUUCUCUAUGGAAAGCAGGAGUGACUGUCAUUUCUGUUUAAUUGGUUCUUUUAAGUUGUGUUCUCAUUCCUCAUCAUCAAUGCCUUUCACCCCUGGCAGGGUAUAGGCCACAUACAAGCUCCUUCCAUUUAUCUCUGUCCUGAGCCAUCCUUCCAAGCUCGUUCCAAGUGAGCUUCAUCUCUCUCAUGUCCCUUUCCACGCAUCUCCUCCAUGUUUCUCGUGGACUACCCCUGCCCCGUGCUACUUGUGGGUUCCGCUGCAGUGACUGUCUUGUGAUGUUUCCGCUGGGCUUACUUCAAACCGAAGAGACUUGAACUUGGAUGAUGGUGAAGGCUUCUGCCCUGCAGCCUCCUUUCCGCUUUCACCGCCUUGCGUCGUAAACUCUCCAUUUGGAGAAGAUCCACGAUCAGUCAAGCUGAGAUAAUGGUUUUUGCUUGUAUGUGUUUCUGUAACAGGUUCUUUUUACGAGAGAGGUUGUUAGCCUCAUGACUCAACCCCUGACCUGGAGGCAGGAUGACUGUGUUUCGGGAGUCACUACUUGGUUCGCCAUUUGGUCGCCUCGUACGACACGCUAGUACCACGUCAGUCCUAUUCUUCUCAAUACCAGCUAGUGUUCUCGUAGCCAGUUCUAUUAUUCAGUGUGAAAAUUCAAUGUGAAAUUCAUCGACUUUAGUGAACAGUUGUGGCUAAAAGCUCAUAGAAAAUGAUACUCUUGAGUCGGACAGCGAGCUAUUGCGAAAA